UCAAUUCAAACUUAUUUCAAAGCAAUAUUUUUUGAGCAUCCAAAUUUUGUUAAAGAGAUAUACACGCUUCAAAAAGAAAUACUGAACGAUGAACCAAAACAAGGAGCCUUUCGAUGAAUCGGGAUCAAGAUCCGAGGAGGAGAAUGGGAGAUGUCUUUUAGAUGCCCUCCUUUUGCAAAUGUUUCACCUCAUGGAAGACCGGGAGCUUCUACAAAUGCAGGUAAACAAGGAGUCAUGUAGAGCUCGAUUAAUCCUGGCCAGGGUCAGAAUGCACCAGGGUUGUCAACGAAAUUCAGCAGAGGCCCUAUUACCGAGGGGGCGACCCUACAAGGCUCUCACUCGCGUUGUAGAAGAACCAAGUUCCUGGGGCAAGGUUUUCAAGAUCAUCCGACUUCCAGUUGACCCAAUACUUGGAUAUUUCCGACCCCUCACCAAUAUCUUUGGCUGUCUGGUGCCAAAUAGCUUGCGUAUUGCGAAUCGGCAUUGGGAUCACUGUCUGGAUCUAGUUGUAGAAUGUGCCAACAUACAAAGAAAACUACAGUCAACCAUCGUUUCUAUAAAGAAGAUCCGAUUCUCCCUGGAUGGAAGGCAGUCACCUCAGAUGAUCUCAGAUUAAAAGACAACCGAAAAGCUAAGAUAAAAGUAAUGCUCUAUAAUAUAUAAUUGGAAACGCCUGAUCACCAAAUAUAAUCUCAUUUAAAAUGUAAUCUUUAUAAUCGUAUAAAAUUGCAUUUGGAUAAAAUGUAUCUCCACUGAAGGAUAGGGAACUUUGCUUCGAUAACAUGAAUUCAAAUAUUUUUUAAAAAACGUUUAAUAAGAAUAAAUACAAUUCUA